AUGUCUGUGGGUCUGGACUCUGGAGAAAGAGACAUGGGCACGGGGACCAGACGGAACCCGAUGAGACCCUCUUACUAUUCUGUGAUGGAUGUAGCCGCCACACGAUCCUCAUGUCCAAAUCUCAGCAGACUCGGUCCUUACUCCUCUACGCGGAAAGGUAUACUGAACUCUCAACUACAACCCGGCCGUGAAGAUCCUGCGCCGACGACAGCAUCCAUCUGGAUCUGGCGCAAUUUGUGGCACGCUCCAGCAAAAGAGAAAUUUCGAUAUAACGAAAGGGGGGGGCGCCCGCUCCACAUCAACAGUCCCUGA